AUCUAUAAAUAUCUCGACAAAGCCUUUUCCCUCUCCGAUCUCCUGCACCGACGACAGAUCAAUCCAUCCUUGUAUCGACUUUGUCCCCGAGACAAGUAAUUAUUAAUUCUUCAUCCAUGGAGGGUAUAGUUUCAUUGAGACCAUCAACACCUAGGGUUUCAUUUCAUUUCCCCAAAUUCCCAUCCUCUCGAUGCUCAAUCCCCUCGAUUCUCAGGUCUCCAAUGGCCGAUCAAAGAAUCUGUAUUCGAGCUCAACAGUCUGAUUCGAAGGAUGUAUCUUCAACACUAUCCCCAUUUAAUGAGUCCGAAGAAAAUGCUCUCAAAAUCAAGGAGUGGGAAGUGGGGAGGUUCCAAGAUGAAAUAGCUGCUAGCCAGGGUAUAAGGAUCAGAAGACGGCCGCCAACUGGACCUCCUUUACAUUAUGUGGGCCCUUUUGAGUUCCGCAUAGAGAAUGAAGGGAACACUCCUCGUAACAUACUUGAGGAGAUUGUAUGGAACAAAGAUGUGGAAGUCUCACAUAUGAAAGAGAAAAAACCUUUGUUUUCGUUGAAGAAAGCUCUUGACAACGCUCCUCCAGCCAGAGAUUUCGUUGGAGCUCUAAGGGCAUCAAAUUUACGAACUGGAUUGCCUGGGUUAAUUGCUGAAGUGAAGAAGGCUUCUCCAAGUAGAGGAGUUUUAAGAGAAAAUUUUGAUCCAGUUGAAAUUGCCCAAGCUUACGAGAAAGGUGGAGCAGCAUGCCUCAGUGUUUUGACAGAUCAAAAGUAUUUUCAGGGAAGCUUCGAAAAUCUGGAGGCCAUCCGGAAUGCUGGAGUAAAGUGCCCUCUAUUAUGCAAAGAAUUCAUUAUAGAUGCAUGGCAAAUCUACUAUGCUCGAACUAAAGGUGCAGAUGCAAUUUUGUUGAUUGCUGCUAUUUUACCGGAUCUUGAUAUCAAAUAUAUGACCAAGAUUUGCAAGAUGCUUGGAUUGGCCGCACUUGUUGAGGUACACAAUGAGCAGGAAAUGGAUCGCAUUCUUGGAAUAGAUGGUGUCGAACUUAUUGGCAUCAACAACCGUGACCUCGAAACAUUUAAGGUUGAUAUUAGUAAUACAAAGAAGCUUCUUGAAGGAAAGCGUGGGCAAAUGAUCUGUGAGAAAGACAUAGUUAUUGUUGGGGAGUCAGGGCUCUUCACUCCGGCUGAUAUUGCUUAUGUGCAAGAAUCUGGUGUUAAAGCAGUAUUGGUUGGCGAGUCAAUUGUGAAAAAGAGUGAUCCUGCAAAGGGAAUAACCGAACUUUUUGGUAAAGACAUUUCUUGUAAUUUCCAAUGACAAACUCUCUUUCCCCUCCGUUGCGAGUGGUAACCAGGUUGCUUAGCACUGGUUCUUUUAUAGUUUUGUGCUUUUGCAUCAUUGCCUUGUGCAAUUUUCUCUUCGGUUUAGGUUACAUUUCUUCGUGAUAGAGUGGCCCGUUUGGUGUAACUGUUAAAAUAUAUUAUAGAUUAUAGAUUAUGACUUUAGUCAAAAGUUAUUAAUCUGUUUGAUGUAACUGUUGGAUUAUAGAUUUAAAUUGUUGAGUAGUGUUUGUUGAAUAAGUUAUAAAGUAGUUUUUUGCUAUGUAAAUGUAUUUUUUA